UGGGGUGCCUCUUCAAAUCACAACUCACGAACUCAUCAACAACACAAAGUCUCCUCCCCCAACCAAUCCUUUCACUUGCAAAAAAAAAAACAACACUAGCUUUCUUUUUUGCUGCAUUGUUUCGAUAGCAAUGGAGAAGGUAACGAAGUUGGCAUCCGAGAGACCGGUGGUGAUCUUCAGCAAGAGUUCUUGCUGCAUGUGCCAUACAAUCAAGACCCUUUUCUACGAAUUCGGAGUCAACCCUGCAGUCUACGAGCUUGAUGAGAUCCCUAGAGGACGUGAACUCGAACAAGCUCUUUUAAGACUUGGUUGUAGCCCUUCGGUUCCGGUCGUGUACAUCGGUGGUGAAUUUGUUGGUGGAGCCAAUGAAGUCAUGAGUCUUCACCUUAACCGAUCCUUAAUCCCGAUGCUUAGACGAGCCGGAGCCCUUUGGGUUUAAUUCAUCCAAUCUCACUCUAACUUGCAUAUCAAGGCACUAAUAAAGUAUGUGAUUACAUAUAAUAUAUAUAGUCACAUUAGGUUUAAGUUCUAAUUAACAGUAGAAUGUAUCGAGGCAUCGUACUUUAUAUCUUUACUAAUUAGAGUGUUAUCUUUUUGGUAAUGUACUAAUUAUGUCUUUUUGGUAAUAAAAAUCAUGCUACUAUCUUUUUGGUGGUGUACCA